AAUUUCUGAGAAAGAUACAAGUAGUUGUAGGGAUUUUUAUUCGGAUUUAAAUGGGAUCAGUUUCAAGUGAGUUGAAAUUUUUGUUUUCUCGUCUCCCGAACAGUCAAAGAUCCGCGAAUGGGAAUUUUCUCUUCUUUUCCUGUAUUGUGUGUGCUGCCAAUAGGCCCGUUUGGAGGAAAAACCUAAGAUCAUGCAGAUUGUUCUUUGUUAGACCAAACUGGGCUGACUCGUGUUACUUUUCCAGUUUAUAAGGGCUUUUCUUUUUUGUUUUUUUUGGAGAAAUGCUGGGUGCAUUUCCGAUCUUGCCCCUUCCGGCACCUCCCUCAGAUGGGAAUCUUGGCCCUCUUCCCCUAUCUCAGCUGCAGGAUCAGACAACGGAUGAGAAUGUGGAAACCGAGGAGAAGAACAAAGUCAACUCAGCUCCAGCAUCAGUUGCAACCCACACUAGGACCAUUGGAAUUAUACAUCCACCUCCAGACAUUAGAAACAUUGUUGACAAGACUGCACAGUUUGUUGCAAAAAAUGGUCCUGAAUUUGAGAAAAGAAUCAUUGCAAAUAAUGCUGGCAAUGCGAAGUUCAAUUUCUUGAAUGGUUCGGAUCCCUACCAUGCAUACUACCAACACCGCUUGUCUGAAUUUCGUUCUCAGAAUCAAUCUUCUGCACAGCAGCCUCCUUCACAACCUGCAGAUUCUUCUGCUCCUGAAUCUGCCCCAUCUGCUCCACAUGCUGACAAUAGUGAGACAGUGGUGAAGCCUGAUCCCUCGGCCCAGUUUAAACCAGUCCGCAAGGUUCUUGAGCCCCCGGAGACUGAGCAAUACACUGUUCGUCUUCCAGAAGGGAUUACAGGGGAAGAGUUGGAUAUUAUCAAGCUCACAGCUCAAUUUGUGGCUCGAAAUGGGAAGUCUUUCUUGACAGGACUGACCAGCAGGGAGAUAAACAACCCACAGUUCCAUUUUUUGAAGCCAACCCACAGUAUGUUCAUGUUUUUUACUGCACUGGCAGAUGCGUAUUCCAAAGUCUUGAUGCCUCCAAAAGGGUUGACCGAGAAGUUGAGGAAGAGUGUUACUGAUAUGACUACUGUGCUUGAGCGGUGCUUGCAUAGGCUGGAGUGGGAACGCUCACAGGAGCAGGCAAGGCAGAAAGCUGAGGAUGAGAUUGAGCAAGAACGGAUGCAGAUGGCUAUGAUUGAUUGGCAUGAUUUUGUUGUGGUUGAGACAAUAGAUUUUGCAGAUGAUGAAGAUGAGGACUUACCCCCUCCAAUGACUCUAGAUGAGGUUAUAAGGAGGAGCAAGAUAUCAGCGGCAGAAGAAGAAGAAUUCAUUGAGCCUGGAAAGGAGGUAGAAAUGGAAAUGGAUGAAGAAGAGGUACAGCUAGUUGAAGAAGGCAUGAGGGCAGCUAGUCUUGAAGAGAAUGAUGAUGAAAGAAAGGAGGCAAAAACAACUGAGGAACAGGAACCACCAAUGAGAAUUGUUAAGAAUUGGAAGAGGCCAGAGGAUAGGAUUCCUGCAGAAAGAGACCCAACAAAGUUUGGUGUCUCACCAAUCACUGGUGAGCUAAUUCCAAUUAAUGAGAUGUCAGAACACAUGAGGAUUUCUCUCAUUGAUCCCAAGUACAAGGAACAAAAAGAAAGAAUGUUUGCUAAGAUUCGAGAAACAACUCUUGCACAGGAUGACGAGAUCUCCAGAAACAUAGUGGGGCUUGCUCGAACCCGUCCUGACAUUUUUGGUACGACAGAGGAAGAAGUCUCCAAUGCUGUAAAGGCAGAGAUUGAGAAGAAGAAAGAGGAUCAACCCAAGCAGGUUAUAUGGGAUGGUCACACUGGAAGUAUUGGACGCACUGCAAACCAAGCCAUGACUCAGAAUCUGAAUGGGGAGGAUCUGAAUGAUGCUGCUAAUAAUGAUGCUAGGACCCUCCCUGGUCCUGCUGCUCCUCCUCCUCCCAGACCUGGUGUGCCAUCAGUACGGCCUCUUCCUCCGCCACCAGGCCUUGCACUGAAUCUUCCUCGUGUGCCUCCAAACACGGUCCAAUAUUCAGCUCCAACUAAUAGUGGACUACUUGCACCUCCUCCCCCCAGGCCGCCCAUUGUCUCUAUGAUUCCAUCAAUCAGGCCAGCACCUCCUCCAAUGUCAUUAACUUCAGGACAGCAACCCCUCAUGUUGAAUCGGCCGCCACUUCCAAUGCCACCAUCAAUAUCUGUUAAUGCACCUAAUAUUCCUGUACCACCUCCACCUGGGUCUCAGUUCAUGCCUAUGCCAGUGCCCCGUUCUUUUGUACCUCUCCCUGUUCCUCCUCCUGCCAUGCAUAUGAUUCAGCCUCCGCCAUUGCCUCAAGGUGUGCCUCCUCCGCCACCUCCUGAGGAAGCUCCACCACCACUGCCUGAAGAACCUGAACCAAAGAGGCAGAGGCUUGAUGAUUCUCUGCUUAUUCCUGAAGACCAGUUUUUGGCUCAACAUCCAGGACCAGUUCGGAUCACUGUAUCUGUUCCCAAUGUUGAUGAAGGGAACCUUAAAGGGCAACUUCUGGAGAUUACAGUACAGUCCUUAUCUGAAACUGUCGGUAGCUUGAAGGAGAAAAUUGCAGGAGAAGUUCAACUGCCAGCAAACAAACAGAAAUUAAGUGGAAAAGCUGGUUUUCUAAAGGACAAUUUAUCACUUGCUUAUUACAAUGUUGCAGCAGGAGAACCACUUGCUCUUUCUCUAAGAGAACGUGGUGGUAGAAAGAGAUGAACAGGUUUCCUUGCCCAGGCUUCAAAAGGUUCAUGUUGGAACUCACUUGUUACCAUGGGAAUUCUCCCUAUAAAAUUGUGGGACUCCAAAUUUCUACCUUCUCUAUUGUUGUGUUAGAUUGGUCGUGUAUUUUUGGGAUAAAUUUCUGAAACGUAUUAUCAUUAUCUUUGAACUGAUGAUAAGUGUGGUAUCUACUACAGAUCUGGCAUCAUGGCGAUUGUCUCUUAAGGGCAACAGGGAGUAGACAAGUUGUUUUUGCUUAGGCGGAGCAAGUCAUAUAUUUUAUCGCUCAUUACUGCCUCCUCUGUAUUUGCAGUUGUUCCUCUGAGAAAUAUGUGCACCAUAACCGUUUUUUGGUUUUAAUUAUUCCUAGAAGCUUUCCUAAUGUAGAGGGAAGCUCAUAUAUUACUAUAACUUUUUAAUGCUCUGGGUUGUUAAUUUUAUGGUUUGUGUUUGUGGA